AGGGACAUUCUUUUGAGGGUUUGAUGUUGCAUGAAGCCGCCAUCUUUCAAAAAUGGAAGGCCCCCUGCACAACCAAACUAAACCUCUGCCUCUGCUCCCUCUUCCUGCUUCUACAAUGGCCGACCGCCACCACAUCGCCGCCGUUGAACUCACUGAACUUCCUCCUGCGAAAUUUGGACCAGCUGAUUUGGAUGAAACUGAUUACUCAACUUCAUUCGCCGACACCACAUCUUCAAACCAGAACAAUUCUGCUACACUCAGUGACACUGAAGUCGACUCGCAAUUCUAUAGCGAUGUUAACGGAUUCUCCUCGCCGUUUGAUGAUUUUGGAACCGUUCUCCGCGUGAGGAAGAAGCGGUUGACUAGCCACUGGAGAAGCUUUAUACGUCCUAUAAUGUGGCGUUGUAAAUGGGCAGAACUAAAGAUAAAACAGUUCGAGUCACAGGCAUCGAAAUAUGCCAAAAACAUUGCAGCCCGGGAUCUAACAAAACAUUUGGCUUCAAAUCAGCCUAUUCCAGAAGGGUUUACUUCAAGGUCCAUGCCAUAUACUUGUCAAAGGCGGAGAAGGAAACUCAUGAAGAGGAGGAAAAGGGUGAGAGUUGAAGAAACAACUGAUGCUGACACUUAUAUGUCACAACAUGUUCUCUUCUCCUACAAUGAAAGUAAGAAGUCCGAUCCAGAUGGAGUCUCUAUAACGGAUGAUUUUGAUGAACCAGAACAAAAUACAAGUAGUCAAGAAGUGCUUGGUCUUGGCAUUCAUAACAAUGGGUCCUUUCUUGAAGAUAAAGAUAAUGACAUGGAGCACAUCUUUCGGAAGAUUGAUAUUGCUCACUCUCGGGUUCACAAAUUAAAAGCUCAACUUGCUUUGGUAAUCUCUGAACAUGCUCGAAUGUUUCCUCUCUCUGAGAACUCAAACCAUCUUGGUCCUUCUGAAGCACAGACAAGCUCUGUUCGUAGCCCUACUUUCUCUACUUGCAAUGGAGAUGCGGUGUCUGUGGGAGGCUUAUAUGCUAUGACUCAGCAUACCUCGGAGUUUGAUAUGGGAGGUUUAGGAAUGUCUGAACAUGCCAUUUCAAACUAUGGAGAGAGUUUCCAUAUACCUGAUAUAAUUGAAAGCACAGUGGGGACUCUAUCAUCUGUUGAUGUUACUCAGAAUCAGUCACAAAUUGGAGAUUCAUGUGAAAAUAUUUUGGACAAUAUGCUGGUACACGACGAAACCACUGAAGCAGAAAGGCACACCAUAAGAAAUUGCCAACACCAACUCAUAGUAAAGCAGGAAGUAGUAAAGAGUGAAGAAGAAGAAAGCACCCAUCUGGGUCCAGCACUGGAGUACGACACUGCAACAAAAGAUGCCGUUCCUCAAGACCAAUCAACGCUCAAAUCAUGUCUGGUCUCAGAAUUCCAAAUCCCGAAAAACAAGAGGAAGCGUGGGGAGCGCAAAGCUGGGUCAGGUAAUUGGAGUCGACAACUUCCUGGUGAGCCUGAUAGCCAGUAACUAGUAUAUUUAAUAAUCAAGAAACAUGAUUAAUCAUAGAUAAUUGGUAACAAACUUGCUGCAUUUGUAACUCGUUACCAAAUUGUAGAAGUUGUCAAGUUAGAGAAAUUGAAGGUAAACUUGCCCGUAAAUCUUUGUGAACAAGUAAGAGCUUAUGGGAUUCAACAUUUUUAGCAUUGCAACCACAACGGUCUAAGUUCCCGGGGAAUGUUGGUGCGAUCUUUAGCUUUAUUUCUGAAAGAUUAAGGUUGACCAAUAGUUUUAGCCAUUAACGGAGGUUUUAAGAGAGAAUAGCGUGUCGAAUGGGGAUAGCGUCAUCAAGAUGACUUUCGUCAUGAACCGUUUUAUGUAUAUCAUACUAUAGUAGCCUUGUCAAACUGAUUUUAGCAGCCACAUAAACUGGAUUUGUUUUGAUCUUGAACCACACUUGUGUUAUCUUGUGCAUACACUGAAGCAUGCAUAUGUAUCCCAAAAGACAUGCAUAAUAUGCUUCUUAUUUUGAUGGAAUGAUACCA